UAUGCAAAUUAGAUUGGAGAGGGGCGGUGUUUCCUAGUUUGAUUUUGUCAAAUUGUUCUGCAUUUUUAAAUUCAUUUAGAAGGAAAAUGCCGACGACACCGUCACAAAUCUCACCUGUAGAGGAACAAGAAAAAUAUUUACAUGAUGCCUUAGGUAUUGUUAAAGCCCAAGCAUUCCAUAUGAAAAGGGCCUUAGACAAAAACAAGUUGAUGGAUGCUUUGAAAAAUGCAAGCGCUAUGUUGGCAGAGUUAAGAACUUCCCUUCUUUCCCCCAAAAGCUAUUAUGAACUAUACAUGGCAAUAUCUGACGAGUUGAGACACUUGGAAUUAUAUUUGGUUGAUGAAUUUCAGAAAGGGAGAAAAGUGCCCGAUUUGUAUGAGCUUGUACAAUAUGCUGGAAACAUUGUUCCUAGGUUAUACUUGUUGAUCACUGUUGGAUUGGUUUACAUCAAAACUAAUACUGCUUUAAGGAGGGAUCUUCUAAAAGACUUAGUUGAAAUGUGCAGGGGUGUUCAGCACCCUUUGAGAGGAUUAUUUCUGAGAAACUACUUGCUUCAAUGUACCAGAAACGUUCUACCUGACAUUUCAGAAACCGAAUUAGAUUGUCCGGAAGGUACUGUCAAAGACUCUAUUGAUUUCGUUUUGAUGAACUUCGCAGAAAUGAAUAAACUGUGGGUAAGAAUGCAGCAUCAAGGUCAUUCCAGAGAUAGGCAGAGUCGCGAGAGGGAGAGGGAGGAGUUGAGGAUAUUAGUUGGUACUAAUUUGGUUAGAUUGAGUCAAUUGGAAUCGGUAACUCUGGAGAAGUAUCAGAAAUCAGUGUUGCCGGGUAUUUUAGAACAGGUGGUUAGUUGUAAAGAUGCCAUAGCACAAGAAUAUCUGAUGGAAUGUAUAAUUCAAGUUUUUCCUGAUGAAUUCCACAUUCAAACUCUCAAUCCGUUCCUGAAAUCUUGUGCUGAAUUAGAAGCAGAUGUCAAUGUGAAAAAUAUUGUCAUCUGCUUGAUGGAACGUUUAGCAGCUUUCAGUCAAAGAUCGGAUGCAAUUGGUGGGGAAGGGGCUAGUAUUCUUCAGGAAGUUGAGCUUUUCGAAGUGUUUUCCAACCAGGUCUCAUCAAUAAUUGUGAACAGGCAUUACCUUCCUCCAGAAGAUAUGGUGGCUCUGCAAGUGGCUCUCGUUAAUCUCGCUUUGAAGUGCUAUCCAGAUAGAAUCGAUUAUAUUGAUAAGGUCAUGCUUUCCACUGUUGGGAUAUUCCAUCGUCUUGCAUUAGAACACCUGGAGUCCCAUUCUUCCGUGGCAAAAGAACUCCAGAAACUGUUGAAAAUCCCGUUAGACAACUACAACAAUCUCCUUAUGAUUCUCAAACUCCAACACUAUGCGGGACUGAUGCAGCAUUUGGAUUACUAUGGCCAGAAAUCUCUGAGCAUUUAUAUCCUGAACAACGCUUUGGAGAACGAGACUAUUAUACCAUCAGCAGAAGAAGCUGAACAAGCUUUAACUUUAUUGAGCACUCUGUUUUUUGAUAAAAACGAACAUACCAUCGGAGACAUAGAUAUGGAUCAACUUACCGAGGAGCAGUGCUUGCUGGCUAGAUUUAUUCACCAGAUGAGAUCCAAUAAUCCAGAUGAUCAUUAUUUGAUACUUACUACUGCUAGGAAGAUAUUGGGCACUGGUGGCCCUCUCAGAAUCAAAUACGUUCUUCCUCCGCUCGUUUUCCAAGCCUACCAACUACCCUAUAAAUACAGGGACCUGAAAGACGAAAAGUGGGAGAAAAAAUGCACCAAGAUAUUUCAGUUCUGCCACCAAACCAUCACCACUUUGGUAAAAGCCGAACUGGCGGAGUUACCUCUUCGGCUGUUUCUCCAAGGCGCCCUCGCAAUCGACCAAAUACGGUUCGAGAACUACGAAACGGUUGCCUAUGAGUUCAUGUCGCAGGCGUUUUCCCUGUACGAAGACGAGAUUUCCGAUUCUAAAGCGCAGUUGGCUGCUAUAACGCUGAUUGUAGGCACUCUGGAGCAAAUCAGUUGUUUUUCCGACGAGAACUGUGACCCUCUGCGAUCCCAGUGCGCCCUGGCUGCCAGUAAGCUCCUCAAGAAGCCAGAUCAAUGUCGAGGGGUGGCAACGUGUUCACACUUGUUUUGGAGCGGAAAAAGUUUGAGCAAGGAAGGAGAAGAGGUGCUUGAUGGUAAACGGGUGGUGGAGUGUCUUAAGAAGGGCAUCCGCACUGCGAAGCAAUGUAUGGACGUCAACGUGCAGAUACAACUCUUCGUCGAGCUGCUCAACCACUACAUCUACUUUUUCGAGAAGGGCAACGACCAAAUCGACGUUGAGGUUCUCAAUCAGCUGAUCAAAAAGAUUAAGAUCGAGCUCGCGAACUUGGAGUGUUCUGAUGAGGCAGAUCAGAUUACAAAGCAUUUCAGCAAUACUUUGGGGCAUUUGCAGAUGAGGAUGGAGUCUCCAGAUGGGGAUAGGGAUUCCUACAAGGGGAUAGUUUUGGAACCUGAUUUCGCGGACGAAGAUAAGGACGAGCCGCGGACGGUUGAGGCGUAGUGGAAGGCUAUGAAUGGGGGAAAUUAGACACAUCAAAUAGAUAAUUUUAAUACACUGAAGGCAUGUUGUUAGUUGAUGGUUUUAUUCAAUUCUUUAUUUUGUAAUUAUGUAUUUAUAGUUACAGUCGCUAUUUAAAAUAAAAACAUAUAUUAGUUA